AUGAGUAAUGAAGAACGACAACUCCUCGGGACGAAGCAAGCAACCGAGCAAGAGACCUUGGACCUUAGUAAAAUCACUCUGGCUAGUAGUCAGAUAUUGUUACCUGGUAGAAUGCCGGGGACCGGUUUGGCUUCCAAACACGAAAUUGAGAUCAAUCAAUUGAAACGAAGUCUACAAGAAAAGGACAAAGAAAUAGAAGACCUUCAGCAAAAGCUUAAAGAAGUCAAUGAGAAAAACAACGAUCUUCUAAUCAAACUGAACACAAAAGACAGGGAGGUCGAACAACUAAAGCAGAGAAUCCAAGCGCUUGAAGAUGAGAAGAAGGACCUCGAAGAUGAGUUGUCACGAGUUGAGACUAAACUGAAAAGGCUAGAAAACGAAGUAAAAACACUAAACAAGUCUUCAAGGUCACACGAGGAAGAGAACCAAAAGCUUAAAGAGGAUUUACAAAAA